AUGUCGGUCCAACUAUCACCUCAAGAACAGUUUAAUCUAAUUACAAAAGGAUUACAAGAAGUAUUGAAUGCUCAAAUUAUAAAAGAUGUUUUGGAAAAAGAGCAAAGACCUUUAAAGAUUUAUUGGGGAACUGCACCAACUGGUAAACCACAUUGUGGGUACUUUGUACCUAUGAUCAAAUUAGCUCAUUUUUUAAAAGCUGGCUGUGAAGUUACUGUUUUAGUCGCCGAUUUGCAUGCAUUUUUAGAUAAUAUGAAAGCUCCUUUAGAGGUUGUACAGUAUCGUUCGAAAUAUUAUGAAUUUAUUGUAAAAUCCAUUUUAAAAUCCAUUGGAGUACCUAUUGACAAAUUACAUUUCAUUGUUGGAUCAUCUUAUCAACGAGGUGGUGAUUAUAUUAUGGAUUUAUUCAAAUUAUCAAAUGUAGUUUCGCAAAAUGAUGCUAAAAGAGCUGGAGCAGAUGUGGUCAAACAAGUCGCUAACCCAUUAUUGUCAGGUUUGAUUUAUCCAUUAAUGCAAGCUAUUGAUGAAGAACAUUUGGGUGUUGAUGCACAAUUUGGAGGUAUAGAUCAAAGAAAAAUAUUUGUUUUAGCUGAAGAGAAUUUACCAAGUUUAGGUUACAAAAAAAGAGGCCAUUUAAUGAAUCCAAUGGUUCCAGGAUUAGGACAAGGUGGUAAAAUGAGUGCGUCAGAUCCAAAUUCCAAGAUAGAUAUUAUAGAAGAUCCAAAGAUUGUUAAAAAGAAAAUAAAUAGUGCUUAUUGUGCACCAGGAGAAUUAAAAGAUAAUGGAUUAAUUGCAUUUACAGAAUUUGUAAUACAACCAAUAGAUGAAUUAAAAACUGGUAAAGAUGGUUCUUUCUCAUUAUAUAUUGAUAGGCCUGAAAAAUUUGGUGGACCAAUAAAGUAUGAUUCAAUUGAAAGUUUAAAGAAAGAUUAUGAAGAAGGUAAAUUAUCUCCACCUGAUUUGAAGACUGGAGUAGCUGAUAAAAUUAAUGAAUUAUUAAAACCAAUCAGAGAAGAAUUUGAAAACAAUAAAGAGUUUCAAGAAGCUCAAGCAAAAGGGUAUCCAAUUGCAACGCCAAAACAAGAGAAAAAAGUUAAAAAACCCAAAAACAAAGGAAGUAAAUACCCUGGUGCUUCCGCGUCGUCAACAACAACAGAUGUUGAUCCUAAAACCGAGUCUGAUAUAGCGGCCACAGUUAGUAGUGUUGAAGAAGCAACAAGUAAACUAGAUGAAGUUAAAUUAGAGUAA